AUCUGAGAUUAUGGAUUGAUCAGGAAAGAGACACCCCAAAAGAAAAGUGAGAAAUGGAAAGAAAAUAGCAGAAAAAUAACAGAUUUCAUUUUGCGAAGAAAAUAUGAGAGCCACAACAAUUCAAUAAUUCAGAUGGGGAUAAGGGUUCAAGAACUUGUUUCCACAAAAAAGAAAAUUAAAAAAUUUUCCAUUAAAUUUUGAUUGAGAAUUAAAACAAAAAUGUCAACUUCUUGCUUCCCACUCCCCAUAUUUUAAUUUUCACAUUUAUCUCUUCAUUUUCUUCUGCCUUUAAAUACUUUAUUUUCUAUUUUCUUGCUUGUAGUUUGUGAUACCACCAUUAACUUCUCUCUCUCUGUCAUAACACAUAGCAAUGGAGUCUUCUGCAGAGGCAACCCAAAGGAUUGCAAGGAUAUCAGCUCAUCUCCUCCCUCCCAAUUUCCAGAUGGAGGGAAGUUCUAUUGUGAAGAGAGGUGAUUGCCGGGCUAAAGGAGGGGCACCUGGAUUCAAAGUGGCUAUUUUGGGUGCUGCUGGAGGCAUUGGCCAACCUCUUGCAAUGCUGAUGAAGAUGAACCCUUUGGUUUCAGUUCUUCAUCUUUAUGAUGUUGUGAAUACUCCUGGUGUUACUGCUGACAUUAGCCACAUGGACACUGGUGCUGUGGUUCGUGGUUUCCUAGGACAGCCACAGCUUGAGAAUGCUCUUACAGGCAUGGAUCUUGUAAUUAUACCUGCUGGUGUGCCAAGGAAGCCUGGAAUGACUAGGGAUGAUCUUUUCAAAAUCAAUGCUGGGAUUGUCAGAACUCUUUGUGAAGGAAUUGCAAAGUGCUGCCCGAAAGCAGUUGUCAAUUUGAUCAGUAAUCCUGUUAAUUCUACAGUCCCAAUUGCUGCUGAGGUUUUCAAGAAAGCUGGGAUGUAUGAUCCAAAGCGACUUUUGGGAGUUACAAUGCUUGAUGUUGUGAGAGCGAACACGUUCGUGGCAGAAGUUCUGGGACUUGAUCCUAGGGAAGUUGAUGUUCCUGUUGUUGGAGGUCAUGCAGGAGUUACAAUUUUACCCCUUUUGUCGCAGGUUAAGCCUCCCUGCUCCUUCACACCAGAAGAAACUGAAUACCUCACUAAUCGUAUUCAAGAUGGUGGAACGGAGGUUGUUCAGGCAAAAGCUGGGACUGGCUCUGCAACACUCUCAAUGGCAUAUGCAGCUGUUAAAUUUGCAGACGCAUGCCUUCGUGGCUUGAGAGGAGAUGCUGGUGUCGUGGAAUGCUCAUUUGUAGCUUCUGAGGUGACAGAACUCCCUUUCUUCGCAACUAAGGUACGACUUGGUCGUAAUGGAGCUGAGGAAGUCUAUCAACUUGGUCCCCUGAACGAGUAUGAGAGAAUUGGAUUGGAAAAGGCGAAGAAAGAGUUGGAGGCAAGCAUUCAGAAAGGAGUUUCCUUUAUCAGGAAAUAGUUUCAUUUUCAAGGGAAAUCUUAUCAUGUAAAUUCGUCCAGUGCGUUGUAGGGAAUUGUGCAGCUUUGUUUCAAAAUGCGCAAUCCUCUUUGUAACCAGACCUUUUUCAAAAUGAACCAUUCCAAUAAGUUUUAGCCGA